AUGGCCAGCGGGCACUGCCAGGGGGAUGCUGGCACCCUGGCCCUCUCUGGCCCCCGGGAGGCAGCGCUGGCUGCCAAAGUGGCCAUCAGUGAGCUGCUGAUCCUGGUGGGCAGGGCAGUGCCCUCGGUGGGCUGGUUCUUCCGGCCGUGCCCAGGGCUCAGGCUGUGCCUCGGGGAGGGAGAUGGUGCCGGGAUCCGGGCGGGAGCCGUGGUGAGGCUGGGUGGUGAGUCCGGCCCGGACAGCGGGGCCAGCGUGGUGACCCGGAGGGCGUUGAGCCGGCGAGGGGCUCCUCACGCCCGCCUGGAAGUCUGCUCCCCGCCGGGGGCUGGGGGACUGGCAGCCGGGGCGGUGCUGCUGACCCUGGAGGCUGUGGCCCGGAUGCAGGUCACCUCUGUGGCCAUCUGUGUGGACUCGGAAAGCAUGUGGCUGGUGGAGGCCGUGGCUGAGGCCAUCGACACCUUCGCCCGGGGCUGCCCUGCCGCCCCCCUGAGCAGCAUCUCCGUGGUGGCCGCUGAUGGGGCCCUGGUGGCCACCUUCCAUAGGGCAUGUGCCAAGCGGUGGCCACUUGGCGAGAACCGGCAGGAGCUGCUGAGGAAUGUCCUCCGGGCCCAGGAGAGAGUCCGCACCCAGGUGGUCAGCGGGUCCCUCGCCAGCCAGGAGACGGAUGUGCUGGUGCUGCCGGUGGUGCUGGAGACGGAUGGGCUGGAGUGGUGCCCUCAGGAGGUCCAGGCCCUGGCCGAGAGGGCGCUGGGAGCUGCAGGCCACAGCGGGGAGCUCCAACCGGGGAAGGUGCUGACAGUGCCAGGCAUGGCCCUACCGGAUCUGCACUGCAAAGUGCUGUACCUUGUGCAGCUGGAUGGCGAGGCACUGCAGCAGCAGGGAGCGCCAGAGGUCAUGCGCCAGAUGGUGCGAAGCUGCCUCUGUUCUGUGUACGGCGCGUUCCUGGAGUCCGUGUCCUUCCCGCUGCUGGGGGCCGGUCAGACCCUGCUGGCCAUGCUGGAGGAAAUCAGCUGCUUCCUGGAGCACCAGCCCAACACCUGGAUGAAACUGGUGGAAAUCGUCUGCCCGCUGGGGCUGCCGGCUCCUUGCCCGGUGGCUGAAGAUCCUAGCACCCCGGCUGAGGCCGUGGGGUUCUGCUGGCCAGAACACCCCCUCUUCCUUCGCUAUGUGGACGAGAGCCCGGCCGUGCGGCGAGAGUUCAAGGGACGCCUGGAGGAGGCCGGCUAUGUGUUCCAGGCCUGUCCCCACUGGGGAAUCCUGACCUUCCUGACAGUGGCCAGCCCUGAGGAGCCGCGCGGCUGGGAAGCGGCAUUUCGCUCAGUGCGCCAGCGUUACGUGGUGCAUCACGAGGGCCGAGAGGACCUGCUGGAGGCCCUGGCUGCCGAGCCAUCCCUGGUGGAGGAGUUCGGGUCCAUCCGGGUCUAUGACGGGGAGGGCUUUGUCGGCUUGGCAGGGGAGAUGGCACCGUUCCUCCAGCACCUGGCUGUGAGGGCCUUCCAGAGGCAGCUGGUGAGCCGGAAGUACUCGGCCGAGCCUCUGCCCAGGUGGGUCAUCGUCAGGGACGUGGUGGAGAAGGAGCUCCUUGACCCCCACGUCAGCAUGGAGCUUCGACAGGGCGCCCCAGCUAUCAUCAUCUUCCGGGGACCCCGCCGGCAAGUGGCCAAGGUGGAGAGCCGGUGCCAGCAGCUGCUCAGGGCAUUCCGGGUCCUGUCGGUGCCCGUCUCGCCUCUCCAGGUGCGCUUCAUCCAGGAGCACCGAGAGGAUGUCUUCACCCCCAGCUUCUUCCUGGACCGGGGCAUCGCCGCCAUCCUAGAGCUCCCCCCUGCUGUCUCGGGAACCGAGCUAGCCUGGGAUCUUCUUGCCGAGCCGGAGCUCCCCGCCAGUGACUCAGGGACUGAGCUGGCCUGGGACCUCCAUGCUGGGCUGGCGCCCUCUGAGGGCGUCUCGGUGGCUGGGCUGGAGCAGGAGAAGCUGCAGCAUGCGGCGGAGCUGCUGGGCGGCCUGGUGGGCUGCCAGACGGUGCCGAUCGAGGAGGGCGUGCAAUGGGCCACACAGGGUCAGGAGUGGGGCGAGCUGCUGGCUGGGCUGGGCGCCCAGUGGGAUGUGGCCCUGCAUUGUGCCGCGAGCCGGGAGCACCUAGUGGUGGUGGGCUUCCAGCCCUACGUGGCCCAGGCGGAGGCAGCUGUCCGGGAGUAUCUGCAGAAUAACUCACCAGCCGAGGAGCGGCUGGACGUUCCCCGGCCAGAGCUGGCAGAAGCUGGGGCAAAGCUGCUGCGCUUGAUGGACUGGGAGCACCUCCGGGUCACCGUCCAGCUGCACCCCAACACUCGGGUGCUGUCCCUGGGGCUGCGGGGCCUCCUGCGUCACCUGCGGCUGGCCAGAAGGGCCAUCAAGGCUGACCUGGACUCCCUGGUGUUGGGCACGGUGCCCAUCAGGGGCCGAGCCUUGGGCGAGUACCUCUGUGGGGAGGGGGCGACCCUCCUGCAGGACUUGGCUCAGCAGCUCUGCUGCGUGGUGAGCCUGCGAGGAGACCCCCCUACAAAUGGCCCCUCCAGCACCUGUGGGCAGGGUGCAGCUCUGCAGGCUCCCAAUGCCCCAAGAAAGCCCCCGAAGGUGCAGGCAGGGGCCCCCAAGGGGCUGGAGCUCCGCGUGGUGGGCCGAGAGCCUGACGUGGGCCGGGUGAAGGCAGCCGUGGCCGGCUUCGUGGCCCAGUUCCACGACGAAAGCGUCUGCAAUGCGGAGCUGGUGGCCGUUGGUGCCCAGGCCCUGCGGGAGCUCGGCCAGGCCUCGCUGUACCACUUCCCUGUCAGCCUCCGGCGCCUACCGGGCAAUGUGCUGCGUGUGCGGGGCGCCUGGGAGGAUGUGGCCAAGGCCGUGGCUGCUGUCCACACCAGGAUCCAGGCUGCCCAGCGCCAGCGGGUGGAGGCCGAGGUGCUGUAUGGGCUGGUCAAGUGGCAGCACCUGGCCCCGGCCGGCUGGCAUCCCUUCAAUGUGGCCACCAACCAGCGGCUGGAGACGGCGUACGCCAGCGGGGAGCGCCGGGCAGAGAUCGAGUGGGACGGGCAGCAGGCAGAGAUCGACCUUCUCAAGGCAGUGGGCGUUGCGCCGGGCACUGGGGCCCCCAUCCGCCUCCGCCGGGAGAUCUGCCUGUGGGACAGGUGCCUUGCCCCACACUGGGAGCCCAUGGGUGAGAGCCUGGUGAGGCUGGUGGAGCUGGCGGAGGGCUCAGAGGAGUACCAGGAGGUGGCCAAUGGGUUCAAGCAGACGGCCCUGGGCUACUGCAUCCUCCACAUCCAGAGGGUGCAGAACCAAGUCCUGUGGGUCUCCUACUGCUGGCAGCGCUGCUGGAUGGAGGAGAAGAACCCGCCGGGCGAGCUCAACGAGCGUCUCCUCUACCACGGCACGUGGCCCGAGAACCGGCGCUCCAUCCAGGAGAUCGGCCUCAGGAACACCUGCCGCAAGGUGGGAAUCUACGGCCAGGGCCUGUACUUCGCGGUGGAGGCUGCGCGGUCAGUGGACUACGCUAAGCCCGACGCCCACGGGCACCGCUUUAUGUUCCAGGUGCGGGUGCUGACGGGGCAGUUCACCCAGGGCAAGGAGGACAUGGUGCUACCCCCGGAGAAGCCAGAUGGGGGCGGCCGUUACGACAGCGUGGUCAACAUGGUCUCCCGCCCCAGCAUCUUCGUCACCUUCUUCGACGACCUCACCUACCCCGAGUACCUCAUUACCUUCCGGGGCACCAGGCCGCACCUGAACUGAGAACCGUGCUGCCCUGGGACAGGCCACAGAACCUGGGCACUGCUUGCCUGGCAGCUGAAGAAUAGCUGUGGGGCCGGGCAGCGUCAGGCGUGGAACGUGUGCACAUGUGUACUCAUGCACUGGUUGGAUUUGGAACUGCUCAGCUGCAUGUCCUUGGCCCUAUACUGCUGACAGCUAGUGGAGAUUCUCCAGAGCAUUCCCAGCAUUCACAGCUCCAGCAGAGAGAACUGACUGGGCCAUGGGAUGGGGGAGAAAGAUGAGCUGAUACACAUCCCGCUGCCCCCUCCUAGAAGGCGUGCUCGCCACUCAGCUGUGUGCCAUCAGCACAGUACAGCUGCCCACAAGUGGGGAUUCUCCAUUUGUCAACAGCUGAGGGAACGUCCGGCUUGUUUCUGGGAGGCUGUAUAAUUUCCUGUUCAAUCUCCUGGCGGUUUCAGACCUGUGGGCCUAGCUCAGGGAAGGGCAUGGCAUCUUGUCGAUCCAGCUGCACCCACGAGGAGGAGGAAUGCCGGCAGGAGAAGAGGGUUAUAAUUUCGUAUAAAUCAAACUAUUUCAGAAAAGCAGGGGGCUCUCAAGAAGUUUUCUGGAUAGGAAAAAGCUCAUUGCAAUGAACAUUUUCAUUGUUUUCCAAUUUCAAUUUGUGUCUUGAUUCUGUUGUCAAAUAUCUAAAAAACAAACAAACAUUUUU